UAACGCGCUGCGUUCAAGUCCCCCGGGCUGUCAGACUCGUCUCGCAGUUACUUUCGGUUUGCGCGAGCGUGCCGAGCUGGAACAAAAACAGUUAAAGUAGAGCGAAGUCAGUGGCCGCAGUUCCGUUCCCUAAUCAGCAGAACUGACAGCAGGUGUGAAUUCAUGUCUGUAUUUUCCCCGCAGAUAUACUGCCCAGUGUUUGUGCCCAGCCGAGAUAUGACUGAGGUGAUGAUCAACAGCACCCCCAUGGAGGACAUGAGGCUCAGCCCCAGCAAGGACAGACUCUCCUUCCAGAUAUUCCCCGACCCCUCAGACUUUGACCGUUGCUGUAAGCUCAAAGAUCGUCUGCCAUCCAUCGUGGUUGAGCCAACAGAGGGAGAAGUCGAGAGCGGGGAGCUCCGCUGGCCUCCGGAGGAGUUUCUGGUCAGUGAAGAGGAGGAAGAGGAGGAAGAAGAGGAAGAGGAGCAGAAAAAUGGCAGCAUCCCAAACGGACAGCCGACACAGAAUUCUCAGCACUAGAGGCUGUGUCGCUGCGCGCCCACCCUCUUGUGCCCCCUUUGUUUCUGAAAGACUCUUCCUUUCCCACACUGGUCCCGCUGCACCUCGGCACUCCAACCAACUCCAACCGGCAGACGCACAUUCAGUGUCUCCUGAUCCUGAUGCCAUCUCGUUGCCCUUGACACCAAAGCAUCAGCCCCGCAAGAGAAGCAAUACACACAGGCGACACACUUUCCUCACACAAUGAUUUAUCCCCCUGGACUGCAAACCCGCCAAAACGGACUUGAAAAGAACACACACCUCUAACAUCCACCUUCCUAUCACGCCUGCCACCGUGCGGGUCUCUGCCCAGAACGGACGUCCUGUUGGACGGCGGCAGCUUAGCGCUCCAUGGACAGCUCUUAAACUGCAGGGUGCUACAACUGCUCUGUCCUUUACUCCAAAAUGGCUGGCGUCAUGACCCCAGAGACUUCAUACUGGCAUACAGAACCAUUGUGGUUCCCGUGGGGAUUAUCGUCUACAGUACACUGUCCACACUUGUGUUUAGUUUCUGGAUUGAUAUGUUAAUUAUUGUGAUUGCCACUGCUGUCCAUAGAUUUGUCUUGUUUCUGGGAAGUGAAUGUUUUGUGAUUUGUCCGGUUUUUGAGAAGUGGGUGUUUUUGUGUAACAUGUUACUGGGAUCCCCCCCUCCUUUCCAACAAAAUUGAUCUAAAAUCAUUUUUGUGGCACGUCAGGCAGUGAAAAAGGCAACCUCGGAGUCAUUUUAGAGAAGUGAGCACAAAGUGGAAGAAAAUAAACCAGCAUGCCCAGCUUACGCUUAUGUGAUAAAUCCAUUGUACAAAGGCUUGUUUGUUGUGCAGUGCGGCCACAUUCGUGCUAUGAUCCUCUCAUCAUGUCGGCCUCCUGUAAGCCUUAUUACAACCAGUGCUUGGAUAACAAAGCAAAAUAGUGCAACAUAGAAGACUUAAUGUGACGCAAGCAGGUUGUUGGUCAGAAGGGCAAAGCUGAGUAAGGACUGACAGUUGUCAUUUUUUUUGAAAAAGCAGAUGAUAAAGCAAUGUACAGACCCAAUGAAGGAUGUGUAAAUACUUGUUCCCAAUGAGCCAACCCCUGAGGCCUUGUUAAUGCGCUGAUCCUGUUUGUACUCGUGGUUUGGUUAACAUUUCAGAAAGACUCGAGAAUCGCUCUGAGCUGUACACACCUGAACUGAACUGGUCUUCCUGUUCUUUAUUUUUUUUUUUUUUGUUUGAAAACAGCCAUACUUUUGACACCGUGAAGUUCAGGUCACGGUGAAGUCACACUGUAGCAGAUAGUCCACAAAAAUAAGUUAUAUAUAAGGCAAUAUCUGACACCGUAUUCUCCAGGUUAGUCCUGAUGUCUGCCAAAAGCUGUUUAUGGGAAAUCUUAUUUGUUGUCUGGUAGUAAUGUCCGUCAUUUUAUUUGUAUUGCAGUUUCAAAAGUCGGUGUUCUCUUUUGUUCACUCUUUAAAAUCACCACUUAUUGUUUGUGGAACAAGUCUUGUCAGUUGAUUUGUGGAGAAGAUUUCACUUUUGUGCACACGUUAUGAAAUGCUGUUGUACGAGCAUGACUGAGACAUGUCUUUUUGUAAUUCCUCAUUCGAGUGGCAUUAGGGCUGUGUACAGAACAUCUCUCUUUCUCCUGUCUGUCACCUGCAGGUCCCACAUUGUCUUUGUAAAGCUCAGGGAGAUUAGCCGCCAUCUUUCUCUUGUUUUUUUUUUUUUUUUUUUUGUAUUUAG